AUGUCUAAAACCUCCAAAGCUUAUGACCAACAAAUAGAUCUUGAUAAUUUAGACCUUAAACGCACUUAUACUCUUGAGGAAUUUGAAUACAUUAACAACCAACUAAAAAACCGUACCUUGGAAAUUGACGGGAAGCCUAUCAACCUCUUUGAGCUUGACGAAAACGGAAAGCUGAUUCCAAUGCCACAAGCAACCUACAAUAUGGAACUUGUUGUUACAGAAAUCGCCAGGCAACUCAGUAACUGGAAUAUAUUUACUCGUCAGGGCGGUAGUGUUACUACCUCUCAAGGAGGGUUUAAAUUUGGCACUGAGGAAUCUGAGGAUGAGAUUACAACGCAGGCUGGUAAAAAGAUUAGAGGUGAACCUUUUACUCCUAUAUUUGUAGUUGAAGUUGGAGACAUCAGAACUGAUACAACCAAUUCAGCUUUUAUUAAAGCAGAUAAUAGGUUUAAGGAUGAAUAUUUUGAGGAUGGCACAUCGAUCCAACUCGGCUUCACGCUAAGAAUAUCCUCGGUUGAUUAUUGUACUUCUCAGGAAGAUUCUGAAACGUCAAGUGAAAAUGAAUCACCAGUCCUUUGUAACAAAUGUGAAGACACUUUUAAUAGUCGUUAUGAAUACUUAAUUUACUACGAAGAAGUCCAUAUAUGCAAGAACAAGCGUCGUAGAAUUCAGGAAUAG